AUGGAACCCCCACCACCAACAGCCUUCCCCUCCACCUCCCACCUCUCCCGCACAACUAAAACCCACACCCAGCACACCUUCCAAAUCUCCACGCGCAAGCUCCCCAUCUCCAAAGCGGGGCCCAUAUCCACCAUGGAAAAGUCCCUCGGCAUCCCCGUGCCCGAGAUGAUCUUCGGCGACAACCUCGUGCGCCUGGCCCACCUGCCCACGGGCUGGUCGCUCUCCUUCAACGCCUAUGACGCCCUCGACGCCGUGGGCAAGACGGCUGAGAAUAUGCUGCAGGUGGCGUAUGCUAAGGAUUGGGCCUCUUCGAGGGAGAAUUCGAGCGGGGAUAUCAAGGAGGUUGUGAAUCCGUACGAUUGGAGCUAUUCGAGUACGUAUUCGGGGACCUUGGAGGGUGGUGUUGAAGGGAGGAGGGAGUUUGAGAGGACGGAGAAAAAGAUACCUUUGGAGUUGCUGAAGAGGCGGGAUCCGAUAUUGUUUUCUGAUGAGGUGUUUUUGUACGAGUCUGAGUUGGAUGAUAAUGGCAUCUCGGUGUAUAGCGUCAAGUUACGUGUGCAUGAGAAGCGGAUGUUGUUGUUGGCGAGGUUGUUUGUGAGGGUGGACAACGUUAUUGUUAGGAUAAGGGAUACGAGGGUUUACGUGGAUUUCGAGGCGGAGGAGGUCAUCAAAGAGCAUUGUGACCGAGAGGACACAUUCGCCAAUGUCAAGAGGGCCCUCCUCAUGACUGGCCGGUUACCAGACGCCAUCACCGCUUCCUUACGAGAUCCCAAUAUUCUCUCCCCUUUAAUACCCAUCAAGGACAUGUACACUGUUGCGCUAGACCUCAAGUCCUCAUGA